AUGAUUCUCAUCUAUAAGAAGAUCAAAAAGCACAAUCAAAGGAAGAAGCUGAAGCUGGAUAAGGAAUACACAGACAGGAUCGGUCAUGAUGAUGCAGCCCAAACUUCGACGCCACCAAGCAUUUCCACUUCUCCCCAGCGCCAGGAGUCCCAUGAGAGACCUGCUCCAUCACUGGAUGAAGCAACUCGGAAAAAGCAACGUCGAGUUUACAGAUGGAAGAUCAUAAUCGGUCUUUUUGCACCCUUUUGCCUCGAGUGUCUCGACACGACGAUCAUCGCAUCGGCACUUCCCUAUAUCGCUCAAGAUUUUGACCAGGUCGGCCAGCUAAAUUGGAUCAUCUCGGUCUUCAACCUUACCUCGGCGGCCUUUCUGUUCUUCUGGGCACAGCUGACGGAUCUGUUUGGCCGGCACAAUACUCUUCAAGCGGCUAUCGCGGUCAUGCUCAUCGGGUCUGCCAUUUGUACUGGCGCCCCCACAUCAACCUUCAGCGUCCUCCUACUCGGACGUGCCCUGCAGGGAGUCGGAGCUGGCGGAGUCAACAUUUCGGUCCGGGCGAUCUUGGCAGAUCGGGUCGAUCUGUCAGAAUAUGCCGUGAACUGGACCGUGUUCGCUCUGAUAUCCGGCAUCGGAUAUAGUGUUGGUCCAGUGAUCGGCGGAUACCUGACGACUACCUCAUGGCGAUGGUGUUUCGCCAUAAAUUUGCCUGUCGGUGUCAUUGCGAUGGUCUUGGUUGUGAUUGUCCUCCGCAAAGAGCUCUUAGGACCGCAAAAGCUGCCCGAGCUUGAAGGUCGGGACAUGUCCACUGCUCCUCGUCGAUUCGUGACUCGUCUUUGCACCAUUGAUUACGGUGGUCAGUUGCUCUUUCUCUGGGGAUUUGGCCUACUUAUCCUUGCCCUGACUUGGGCCGGUGGUAAUUAUGCCUGGGGCUCGCCGGCUGUCCUGGCUCCGUUGAUUAUUGGAGCCACCUUGGCUUCUGCCUGGAUCAUCUAUGAGCGAUCGAUGGUCCCUGGAUCUGCGCUAGCUCGUUUAUUCCCGAGACAACGGGCGAUGGUACCAUGGGAUCUGCUCAUUCAAAAGGACAUGGGUCUGUUGUUUUUGGUGAAUGUGUCGAUCGGUAUUUCUAUGUUUGCAGUCAUGUAUUUCAUGAAUCUGUAUUUCGCCCUCGUGGAGAAACGAAGCUCAAGCAGUGCCGGUGUAUCUCUACUCUAUUUCCUUCCCGGUCUUGCAGCUGGAGCAUACAUGGCCAUGUUCUCGUCAAAUGUCUGGCCACGCCAGACCCUCCCCGCGCUGAUACUGGGGAGCAUCACCUCCGCAGUAGGUAUCACAGUGCUUGCGUGGGCCAUCCACGCCGCCCAAACCAACACCAUCUACGCGAUGAUGGCCCUAGUGGGCCACGGUGUUGGGAUGCGCAUGAAUCCCGCCUCCCUGCACGGAUUAGCGUACUUCCCUCAAUUAACGGCUCAAAUCUCGUGUCUGGUCUCCUUUGCUAUCCCCUUUGGUGGGCUGGUCGGGCUCACAAUCAUGUCGACGGUGUUCACUAAUAAGAGUGGUUUGGAUCAAGCCGACGCCCGGCAGGGGGUUGUUUGGGCAUUCAUCUCGAUGAUGCCUCCAAUGUGGCUCUCGGUCCUAUUGACUACUUUACUCGGAAAUGUCUGGCUUCGCAAGGAGGGUGGCCAUGAGGUGGUUGAUGGGGUGUAUCUUUGGAAUUGCAUUGCGAGAAAACCACUGACUCGGGAAAAGAGAGAGCGAGAGUCGGAACAGGAGUUGAUUCAGCGUUAUGGUGCCGAUCCAGUGAGAGAUGAGGAACGUUGCGAUAAUCACACGAGAGUAUAG